CGUGGAAGUCUCGCGUAGGUUUGACGCCAGACACAUUGGGACGAGAACAGAGAAAACAGCAACAACAGCGAUUGGAGAAACGGGAGCCAGCGGCCCUGUGGCUGAGCUUUUCUCGACUAUUCGGAGAAGGAGGUAUCAUUUAUAACAAUGACCAGAGGAAACCAACGUGAACUCGCUCGCCAGAAGAAUGCCAAGAAGCAGAAUGAAACUGGUAAAGGGAAGAGGAACGAAGAUGGGCUGUCUGCUGCUGCACGCAAGCAGAGGGAUGCCGAGAUAAUGAAACAGAAGCAGAAAAAGGCCGACGAGGCUGGGAAAAGCAGCACACAGUCCAAGUAGAGAAUGAAGUUGGAAUGGAGCAGCUUGAUGUUUCCAGAGCAUCUGGUGUUCAGCAUUCCUCCUGAUAAUUAUGAAAAAGGAUCUGUCAUUUUUGUCUAGACUCAACAAUCUAGGAUCCUACCUUCUUCCCUGUGGCAAAUGACAUUGUUUUUUUGGAUUUGUUAAUUUACUUGGUAAAAUGUAUCUCAGCAAGUUAUCGAUUGUCAAUUGGUGGUGCUGCAUGCAGUGGACCAUUGUCUGAGCAGCAGGAGAAAGAUGAACAAUCCUCGACACGAAGCAUCAACGUAACACGUGUGUAUUUUUGUACAAAAAUGUCCCUCGCUGGUUUCAAAUAAAGUGUAUCUUUUUAGUUCA